AUGAAUAUAUUUUGUGAGGGUAUGAAUGUUGAUAUUAAACGUUCAGAUGGACGAGUUCAUGGAGCCUGUAUAUCUCAGGUUAAUUCAGUAAAGCAAUGUGUACAUGUUGAGUGGUAUGAAGCUGGAGAAACAAAAGGAAAAGAAUUACCAAUUAGAACACUUCUAGCAACAAAUCCAAUGUUGGCACAAAUGUAUCAAAAAAGUUUAAAUAGUAUGACAACAUCAACAUCCUCUCAACAAGAUAGUACAAUUUCUAAUAAAGUUGCUCCAACAUCAAAUAAUGAUCAAUCAAAGGUAAAACAACCAACAAAAACUUCUGUUCGUAAUUCAAUGUUUGUUACUCCAACAACAGAAUUUCCCAAAAAAAUUUUAACUCCAUCCUCGGGAGCAAUCAAAUUUUUUGAUGAAGAUGCUUUAAAAGAAGAUUUAGAUAAGACGGAUUUUAUAUCACCUUCCGGUAAAAAUAAACCAAAUUCUAUAAAAUUUCCAGGAAAAAGUCAAACUGUUUUAGAAAUAGAAAGGCUUGCUAAAGAACGUGAAGAAAGAAGAGCUAAACAAAUUGAGGAUAGAAAACAAAAAGAACAAAUGAAAAAAGUUGAUCCAAAUAAUCCAAACUGGGAGUAUUAUAAUCAAAUCCGUGAAAUUCAAAGUGGUCUUUCAUUUAAACCACUUAUUCCAUCAUUAAAUAUUUCCGAGAAACGUAUUGCAGUAUGUGUUCGUGUAAGACCUUUGUCAGAAAAAGAAACAAAAAGAAAUGAAAUUGAAGUUCUCUCAAUACCACAUUCAAAACUUCUUAUGGUUCAUCAACCACAAACAAAAGUUGACACAACAAAAUAUAUUCAAAAUUAUAAUUUUGAUUUUGAUUGUGUUUUUGAUGAGCAUGCAUCAAAUGAUAGUAUAUAUAAAGCAACAACACAACCAUUAAUACAAACAUUUUUUGAUCAAGGUUUUGUUACAUGUUUUGCUUAUGGACAAACUGGAUCUGGUAAAACUUUUACAAUGAGUGGUUCUAAAGGAGGCACUGAAAAUAACACCAAAGGCAUCUAUGCUCAAACAUCAAAAGAAAUUUUUGAUAAACUAAAUUCAAGUCAAUUUAGGAAUUCGGGAUUUUAUAUAGAUUGCGCCUUUUUUGAAAUAUAUGGUAAUAAAGCAUAUGAUUUAUUAAAUAAUAGAUCAGAAUUAAAAGUUUUGGCUGAUAAUAAUGAUGAAGUUCAAAUUGUUGGAUUAAAAACACAACAAUGUAGUACAGAUUCUGAGGUGCUUCAAGUUAUUAAAAAGGGAGUUUUAAAAAGAAUUUCUGGACAGACAUCUGCUAAUGCUACAUCUUCACGAUCACAUGCCAUAUUCCAAUUUAUUCUUAAAAAUAGUGAAGGAAAAUUAUGGGGAAAAUUGUCACUUGUUGAUUUGGCUGGAAAUGAACGUGGUGCUGAUACAGGUAACAGUGAUAUUCAAACAAGAAGAGAAAGUGCAGCAAUUAAUAAAAGUUUGUUAGCACUUAAAGAAUGUAUCCGCCAUAUGUCAGAUCCAACAAAAGAACAUGUUCCUUUUAGAAAUAGUGCUUUAACACAAUUUUUAAAAGAUUCAUUUAUUGGAAAAAAUUCAAAAUUAUGUAUGAUUGCUAUGGUAUCUCCAGCAAUUGGUUCAUGUGAAGCUACUUUAAAUACUUUACGGUAUGCUCAUGCAGUUAAACAAUUAUUAGGUGAUAAAGAACCAACAAAUAUAGAUGAUAUUGAUAUGAAAUAUGGUGAUUCAGAGGAAGAUUUUGAUGAAAGUCCAAAAGGAAAUGAAUCUAUCUUACAAAAUACAUUUUUACCAGAUGUAAAAGAUUGUAAAGAAUCAAUGAUUCAAGUAGCUGAAAAGUCACUAAAAAAAUUAAAUCUUUUAUCAAAUAAUUUGGAAAAAUUUAUUAAUAAAGGAAAUUCUAUUUCUCCAAAUAAUAUUCAAUCAUAUGUAGAUGAUCUUACAAAAUUUAUUUCAAUAUUAAAACCCCAAAUGAAUAAUUUAGUAACAGAUUUAGAGAGCGAAUGUAAUCAGUUAAAUGAAUCUCUUCAGAGUUGUGUAGAGAAUAGAAAGCCAAAAGGAGUUAAAAUGUAUCGAAACUAG